AUGGAAAAUAAAAAGGAGACGGAUGCCAGAAAUAACUCUGUCGAGUCAGCUAGCGACAGCGGCCCGCACUUAGAACAUGGUAUCAUAAAAGUAAGAAAGCACCCAAAGUGGUUCAUGAUGUUGCAGUUUUUUUUAUGCAUACUCGUGCCAACUUUAUUUCUCGCCAUUUACAUAACUGAACACAAUAGAUCGCUCCAUGCUGCAAAGAGCGAAAUAACUUCUUGGAGAUUGGAUACUUCGACUAAUUAUACUAUGGAUUUGAAUUAUUGGAAAAAGCAGACAACAUCAGAAGAUAGACACUACUAUUUUAACAUUUCGACAGUAGUUGAGGCUGCGCCUGACGGAAUUGUUCGAAAUCUGACGGUUAUCAACGGCCAAUACCCAGGGCCAUUGGUCGAAGCGAAUGCCGGGGACACGCUUUACAUUCACGUUCAAAACCAGAUGCAGGACGAUCCAACAACCAUUCACUGCCACGGUCUCCUCUUCAACCAGGGCCAAAGUUUCAAUGAUGGCGCUGCAUACAUCAACCAAUGCCCAAUUCCACCCAAUGGUGGUAAGUACACUUAUGAGAUUAAGCUGGAUGAGAACCAAUGGGGUACCUACUGGUAUCAUUCCCAUUAUGGUGCUCAAUAUGCAGAUGGCGUGUUUGGGCCUCUGGUGAUCCACUCCGCGAAAGAACGAGCGUUAAUUGACGACUAUGACGAAGAUAUAGUUAUUAUGGUUAAUGAUUAUUAUCACGAUAUGGCCAACGAUUACUUGCCAGAGUAUUUGGGACCUGAUAACGAAAAUACUGAGCCAACCCCAGAUGAUGGCCUCAUUGAAGGGACAAACAAAUUCGACUACGAUUCUGCUACCUAUGUGGUGCCAAACGGGGACUCUCGAAAUGUCACAUACGUGAAUUCAACCCUUCCUGUAAUCAAUUUGGAUAAGGAAAAAAAGUACCGUUUCCGUCUCAUUAAUGCUGGAUUCUUCGCUCCUAUUAACUUUGGUAUAGAUAAGCACGUUCUGGAAAUUAUUGAAGCAGAUGGCACAAACACUGAGAAGGCAACAAUGGAUUCAAUUGAUAUGUCUGUUGGGCAAAGAUAUUCAUUUUUCCUUCAGAAGCCGGAUGAGGAACUCUCACACUAUUGGAUGCGUGCACGGUUUGACACAUUUUGUUUUGCAGAGGACAAUUCUAACUUAAAUCCGGAAAUCGAUGCUAUAGUAACCUACGAAAAAAAUUCCAAUGUUGAUCCAGCUACGGAAAGCUGGCCAUAUAAUGGAGGAGACGUCCAAUGCAGAGACUUGAAUCAAACAUUGUUAAAAAGCUUAGACCAAAAAGUACCAUUGGUCAGCAACGGAUCUACGAAACCCGAUGUGAUCAUUGAAUUAGAUGUUUCUUUUUUAAUUGGGGCCUACCAAUUGGAUCGUGGUUACUUGAACGAUAUGACAUAUACUGCUUUGAAAAACUCCUCAACCAUGUAUGAAUUAGCUUUCAAUGCUGAAAAUAACCCUAUAAGAGUGUUGGGGGACUCUUCUUUGCAAACAAAGAAUGAUGGUCAAUACCUAUUGAAUUUUGAUAAAAGAGGUCAAAUCGUUGAUCUCGUACUGAACAAUUACGAUGAUGGUGCACAUCCAUUCCACAUGCAUGGUCACAAGUUCUGGGUAUUGACUGUUGGCGACAAAGGAUAUUUUAAAGAAGAAUACUAUGAUCCUAACGUGGGUAAGAUGAAUUUUGAUAAUGCCAUAGCGAGAGAUGUCGUUGGAAUCAGUGGAUUUGGUUAUGCAGUUCUAAGAUUCGUUGUUGAUAAUCCUGGUGUCUGGCCAUUCCACUGUCAUAUUGGAUGGCACAUUGAAAGUGGCCUGAUGAUGCAAAUCAAUGAAUUGCAGUCUGAAUACUCAAAUUGGUCAACUUACCCCCAAUCUUGGGCUGAUCUUUGUAGGGCUAUUGAAUGA